AUGGACGACUAUUUCUUCAAGAAUCAUGUCAAGGCAUGCAGGAAUGUCAGCGAGGACACGAGCUACCUGGAGAUCUUCAACUACUCGGAUCCAUCCUAUAAUACUGUCGAGCAGCACCCAUUGACGAUGGAUGAGUUUGACAACUUUUUAAAACGAAAGGGCGCAUUCGCGCCGCCCAAGCUUAAGGAUGGGGUGAAACUGCUCAAUGGCUGCAGGAUAGUCCUCCAGCUCAAAGUCAAACACCCCGAGACGUUCGCGCCACAGGUGAUAUCCUUCACGGGGCCUGAGUACGAGAACAUGGUGCGGUCGCUCCACCUGCCGUACCGGGCGAUCGAGGGCACCGCCGUGGUGGGGCCCUUCUUCUGGUGCUCCAAGGACAGCGACGACGACGACGACCCUUACCAGCAGAUCAUCAUGCGCAAGUCGGACGUGCGCAAGAAGGGCAAGACGCGCGGGUGGGAGCUGAUGCUGUCGCACCACUUCCGCACGGGGGUCACGACGGGCUACGUCAAGGGCACCGACUCGAGCGACAUGACCGAGAGCAUCCAGCACCUCAAGGAGUGCGCCUCCCACAUGGCCCACCCCUUCCUGCUGCCCGUCAUCAUCCUGUCGCACGACCUGAGCCCCAAGACCGACUCCAAGCAGCGCGACGCCCGCGACUGGCUGCGCCGCCUCGAGCACGCCGUCAGCAUGCGCAACGAGAUCCAGGAGGAGGAGGGCUACGUCAAGGCCGACGUCAUGGACCUCGACCAGAUCAACCGCGACCUCGUCGAGUGCCACUCCCAGGUCCUGUGGAAGCGGCCCCAGGCCUACCAGGAGAUCAUCACGGCCAUGGAGGAGGGCAUGGAGAAGUUCGUGAGGAUGCUGCCCCCCGAGCGGGGGCCCCUGGCCCUCGAGGACGGCGGCAGGGACCUCUACGGCUACAGGGACCUGAGGAAGCAGCAGUCGAGCAUGCUCAGCAGGCUCGAGUUUUACUACAACAAGUUAAAGGGCACAGAGCACUACGUCCACACGACGCUGGAGCGGUUGGCUAUCCAGCGGAGUGCACUCUACAACAUUAUCGCACAGAAGGAGUCCAAGCUCAACCUGCAGAUGGCAGGUGACCAGCGGCGGCUGGCGUAUGCGAGCAAGCGGGACAGCACAUCGAUGAAGACCAUCUCGCUGCUCGGCUCCAUCUUCCUGCCCGCGACGCUCCUCGCCUCGAUAUUUAGCAUGACAUUUUUUAACUUCCAAAACGGCCUCACGGAGAACGACGACGGGCCGGUAGUGGCGCCGACGUUCUGGAUAUACUGGGCGGUGGCGAUCCCCAUCACGCUCUUCAUCGUGAUAAUAUGGUGGAUCUGGGACCGGAGCCGCGAGGCGCGGUACGCCAAGGAGGACGACGACCUCGAGGCCAACAUCGAGCACAUGGAGAAGAACAUCAUGAAGACGAUGCGGCAGCGCACCAUGAGCAAGGUCAGGACGUGGACGCACGCGCCCGAGAAGGUGGAGUAA